AUCCUCGCUCUUUUGCCCAUGACAGAAAUGUAUAUAAACCCCCAGAAAAGCAGAUGCACUUGAAAAGACAGGUACGGGGGGCAGGGGCUGGGUAGCCCCUCCAUGGGCGCUGGAGUUGGCGAGGCUGGUGCUGACAAGAGCGCGCUCCUGGGGUCCCUGGCAGCUGGAUUACCGGUGCGAGCGGGCUUAGGUGCAGGCUUUGAUUGUUUCUUUCCCCCUCGCAUGCCUGGAUCAAGCGGCUGCGGCUGCUGAUCUGAAACUGCCCCCUCGCCUCGCCAUCCCCUUGGGCAGCGCCUGGGAUCAUGCUGCUGCUGCUGGGCAUCUCUGGGCUGUGCCUAGCGGUCCUGCCCUCGCUCUGCUCCCCCCUGGAGAGCGAGAUCGUGACCCCGCUCCGCUUAGACCCGGACAUCAAUGGCCGGCAAUAUUUCAAAAGGGGCCCGGAGGAGCCCAGCCCCCAGGGGGUGAUUUUCCAGAUCACCGCUUUCCAGGAGGAUUUCUACUUGAACCUGACUCCAGACGCGCAGUUCAUUGCGCCCGCCUUCUCCAUCCACUACCUGGGCGCAUCCCCCAGCGCGGCCAGGGAGCGCCCCGACCUCAGGCGCUGCUUCUACUCCGGAGAUGUCAACUCCGACCGGGAAUCCUUCGCAGCCCUGAGCCUCUGCGGGGGGCUCCGGGGGGCUUUCGGGUACCGAGGGGCUGAAUAUCUCAUCAGCCCGCUCCGGAAUGACACCGGGAACGGGGCGCUGCGGAACAGCCAGGGGGAGCACCUCUUGCAGCGCAGGAGCGCGCCUAUCCAAGCCGGAGACCCCACCUCCAGGUGCGGCGUGGGCUCCAGCUUGAACCCGGCCAUCCUGCAAGCUCUGGAGAAAUACAAAGGCUCCCAGCAGCAGCGGAAGAAGCAGCUGAACGAGACCAGGCUGCCCAGGAAGAGCGGCCGCUCCAAGCGCUUCGUCUCCAUCCCCAGGUACGUGGAGACGCUGGUGGUGGCGGACGAGUCCAUGGUGAAGUUCCACGGGGCUGACUUGAAGCACUAUCUGCUCACCCUCAUGGCCACGGCGGCCAGGCUCUACAAGCACCCCAGCAUCCUCAACCCCAUCAACAUCGCGGUGGUCAAGUUCCUGGUCAUCGGCCAGGAUGACAAGGGGCCCAAGGUCACCGGGAACGCGGCGCUCACCUUGCGGAACUUCUGCGCCUGGCAGAAGAAGUGGAACAAAGUGAGCGACAAGCACCCCGAGUACUGGGACACCGCCAUCCUCUUCACCAAGCAGGAUCUGUGUGGUGCCACCACCUGCGACACCCUGGGGAUGGCCGACGUUGGCACCAUGUGUGACCCCAAGCGCAGCUGCUCGGUCAUCGAGGACGACGGGCUGCCAUCCGCCUUCACCACGGCUCACGAGCUGGGGCACGUGUUCAACAUGCCCCACGACAACGUGAAGGUCUGUGAGGAAGUCUUCGGCAGGCUGAAGACCAACCACAUGAUGUCACCCACCCUCAUACAGAUCGAUCGCGCCAACCCCUGGUCGGCCUGUAGCGCCGCCAUAAUCACCGACUUCCUGGACAGCGGGCACGGGGACUGCCUGCUGGAUCAGCCCAUCAAGCCCAUCUCGCUGCCGGAGGACCUCCCUGGGGCCAGCUACAACCUCAACCAGCAGUGCGAGCUGGCCUUCGGCCUCGGCUCCAAACCCUGCCCCUACAUGCAAUACUGCACCAAGCUCUGGUGCACGGGGAAAGCCCGGGGUCAGAUUGUUUGCCAGACGCGCCACUUCCCCUGGGCUGACGGCACCAGCUGCGGGGAGGGGAGGUUCUGCCUGAAGGGCACGUGUGUCGAGAGGCAUAACAUCAGUAAGUACAGGGUGGAGGGCAGCUGGGGGAAGUGGACCCCAUACGGGCAGUGCUCUCGGACCUGCGGUGGGGGAGUCCAGCUAGCCAAGCGCGAAUGCAACAGCCCAGCGCCUGCCAAUGGAGGGAAGUACUGCGAAGGUGUCCGAGUCAAAUACCGCUCCUGUAACCUCGACCUUUGUUCUGAGUCAGGGCUAGGAAAGAGUUUCCGAGAGGAGCAGUGCGAGGCUUUCAACGGCUACAAUCACAGCACCAACCGGCUCACCGCCACCGUCUCUUGGGUCCCGAAGUACUCGGGAGUCUCGCCUCGGGACAAAUGCAAGCUCAUCUGCAGAGCUAAUGGCACCGGUUACUUCUACGUGUUGGCUCCUAAGGUUGUGGAUGGCACUCCCUGCGCGCCCGAAUCCACCUCGGUCUGCGUCCAGGGCAAAUGCAUCAAAGCGGGAUGCGACGGCAAGCUGGGCUCCAAGAAGAAGUUUGACAAGUGCAGCGUGUGUGGAGGAGACAACAAGAGCUGCAAGAAGGUCUCGGGCUUGUUCACCAAACCCAUGCACGGCUACAACUUUGUGGUGACCAUCCCAGCAGGAGCCUCCAGCAUUGACAUCAGGCAGCGGGGCUACAAGGGCCUCAUCAGCGACGAUAACUACCUAGCUCUGAAGAACGGCCAAGGCAAGUAUCUGCUGAACGGGCACUUCAUUGUCUCGGCUGUGGAGAGGGACCUGAUGGUGAAGGGCAGCGUGCUGCGGUACAGUGGGACGGGCACGGCGGUGGAAAGCCUCCAGGCCUUCAAGCCCAUCCAGGAGCCGCUGACCGUGGAGGUGCUGUCAGUGGGGAAGAUGACUCCACCACGUGUGCGCUACUCCUUCUACCUGCCCAAGGAGAGCAAAGACGACAAGUCCUCUUACCGGAAAGAUGGGAAAAGCCCGCCUGUGCUCAACAACCACGUCCUGAGCCUGUCCAACCGCUUGGAUCCGGGCAGGCCGAAUUACAAACGUGUGUCCUACAAGUGGGCGGCCAGUGGUUGGGAGGCCUGUUCCGUCUCCUGCGGCAACGGGCUGCAGAAGCGCUCCGUACACUGUCGCGACUCCUAUGGCCAACUGGCCUCCGUGUGCGAUGCUGCCCAGCGGCCCAUCGAUGUCAGGAUAUGCGGCGACCCCUGCCCCAUGUGGGAGGUGAGCCCCUGGUCCCCCUGCUCCAAAACCUGCGGCCGGGGCUUCAAGAGGCGCAUGUUGAAAUGCACGGCGCGGGCCGGCCAACUCUUGCCUCGGGAUCGCUGCAACCUCAGGAAGAAGCCUCAGGAGCUGGACUUCUGCACUCUGAGGCCAUGCUGACCCCGCGGGCACUGCUUCCAAAGAAGGCCUGGUGUCUCUCUGGCUGGAGAUAAAUGGCUGAAGGCUGAACAGCAGCUGGGGGGAGGGUGAGGGGGAGCUGUCUGAGGUGAGGGGUCUGUUACAUAGGGCAUAUCAGCGGACAAAGGACUUGUACGCAGGGCGAGAGCGUGCACAUGUGAGAGGGGCCCAGUGUGGUGUUAUAGAACAGGUUGCUCAGAGAUGGAGUAAAAUAAACAUCUACCUCGAAGCUGCCAAACGGUCCCGGCUCCCUCCCCAUCCAGAGGAUGCUAUGGGCGUGAGGGGGAAGGACAGGAACGAGGGCAGGAUUGGUCUCUGGGGACUGCUCUCCGGGAUCCACCAAAACACCAAGGACAACAAGAGUGUGUUUCUAUAUCGCCAUGGCCAGCCUCCCUCUAGGCUUCAAAGGGUCAUGCCCCAACCUCCGAAACACUAGUGCUAGAUGGGACCAAAAGGAAUUACCAUUGCAAGGACGACAAACUAUACUGCUUAACGACCGGUGCAAUAAAGUGCUGGGGUCUAUUAAGAACUGAUGCCUUCAGGGCUUGCUAGCAAUGACUCUGCAGCCGAUGUGUUGCUGCUCUCCACACUUGGGCAGCAGCGUUGUCAUGCAGGGCUGUAUGCGGGUCAUUGAUCGGUGGCUUUUGCUUUUCAUGUGUAUGGACCGAACAACGUAGAUUCUUAUGGUGCUUAAUAUCUGUAUUUUUAUUCUCCUUCCUCGUGGUUGACGCAAACCCUGCGUACCUGGGGUCAUUUUGUCAUUUUUCCAUUGGAUCCUCUCAGAAGACUAUGCCUCUUUAUGGUGCUUUGAGAAGGGUGUGUGAAGGGGCAGUGUGUCGCUAAUACAAGGUGGGUAUGUGUUUUAAAGAAACCUCUUUAGAUCAAAUACCAUUUACACGUAGGUCCCUUUUUGCUCUGUUAAUAAUGUAAAGGUGCCUUAAAAUGAGCACAACUUGCAUUCCCACGACCCUUUACACGGCUGAAGCUUAAAGGGAUCUCGGUGUACGUGAGAAUAUGGCUUUAAUUCUAGGAGGUAUUGCACAAUGGUGCCCCACCACAGUGCUUCCUGUUGGAAGAAUGAGAAACGCUGCCAAGAGUAUUGUAUGCGUGACUACCACGGGUGGCAAAUACCGAGUCUUUUUUUGAAACGGUGCUCCGUGUAUGUCACUAACUGUCACGUCGUACCCAGUACUCGCACUCUCCUAACAUCUUUGUUCAGGGUUAUUUCUCAAAAACACAUAGAGAUCUUCGGUGCUGAAGUAUAAAAGAAAUGGGGACUAACUCUCCUCCCAGAAGAUGAUGGCGUGGGCCUUUCUGGCCUUAAGAUCUAUGCUACGUACCCUGCUUAAGACCAUCUCUAAUUUUAUGGGUGUGUCUAUCCUGCAAUUGUGGAGCGUGAUUACAUCUUGUGCAGACACACCUGAGCUAGCUUUAAUCUAGCAAGCUCGGGUCCCGGAGCAGUGACGCUGCAGUAAUGAAUGCUUCAGCCCAGGCUAGCAUCAGCAGGGGUCCAAGAAGGCUUGGACAACCUGUGCUGAAGCACAAACCAGCACAGUUUCAUUUCUCCAGGACUCAGAUUAGCUAGACGGAGGGUAGUUUGGGUAGGUCAACUCAAGCUAUAAUCACACUCUGCGAUUGCAGGAUUCCACCAGAUCGGCGGGCUGCGAUCGAUCCAGCAGGGAUCGAUUUAUCGUGUCUAGUCUAGAUGCAAUAAAUCGACCCCUGAGCGCUCUCCCGU